UGGAAUCAGUUGAGUCCAAGGUGAGGAUUUGUUGACUUCAUCUGUUAAUCUAAUUUUAUUUUAAUUUAAACGUAGUAAGUUAAAUUGUAUUUUAUUUUUCAAUUAUGGUGCUUAAUGAGCGGACCAGUGUUGAGGUUGUUUUUAUUGUUGAAGGAACUGCUAACCUUAGUUUAUAUGCCGAAUCAAUCAAAACAAACUAUAUCAUUCCAACUCUAGAAAUUCUCAGUGGUGGUUCACCUGAUGAUGGGGAAUAUGAAUUUGAAAACUCACUAAAUUGCUCUCUCUUUGCAUUGGUUGUUUUCGUGACAGCGGAUUCGGCUCCCGAUCUUGCCUCGUUUUGCUAUGGACCUACUUCAUCUACUAGUAAACUUUUACAAUAUUUUGAUAAAAUACAAUUUAAUUGUGGUGGUGCAUCUUCUUGUAGCCAUAUUACUGAAGGUAUUGCCACGGCUCUUCAAUGUUUCGACGAAUUUAAAAACAUGAGAGAAAAUGCUGCCCCAGGUUCUAGUAUGAAUAAAAUACCUCGACACUGUGUACUCAUCUGUAACUCUCCACCUUAUAGUCUGCCCGCUGUGGAAAGUAUUUCUUACAAUGGUUUUAUGAUUGACCAAUUGGUUGGCCUGAUGGGAGAAAGAGGGAUCAGUUUAAGUCUUUUCUCCCCCAAAAAGAUGCCUUAUUUAUUUAAACUCUACGAAAAGGCUGGAGGCGAUUUAUCAGCUGCAUUAUCGAAAAAUUAUGCUAAAGAUCGACGACAUUUAGUUCUUUUGAAAAAUUUCCAUCUACAAGAGAGACCCUUAAGUCCACAAGUAAGUCAAUCAUCAAAUAAAUCUUUGGACAAAGCAUCGCCUUCUCCGUCGCCAUCUAAUCAAGGUCAAAAGAGGCCUCUUUCUCCUGCGUCUUCGGCUGUUUAUGUUAACAAAGAUACCGUGCAAAUCACAAUUCACCAACAGCAAUCACAACAACCGCAGCCACAGCCACCUCAACAGCAACAGCAACAGCAACAACAGCAACAACAACAGCAUCAACAGCAGCAACAACAACAGCAAGCACAACAACUCCAACAACAGCAGCAACAAGCACAACAAGCACAACAACAACAACUUCAACAGCAACAGCAGCAACUUCAACAACAACAACAACAACAACAACUUCAUCAACAGCAAUUCCUUAGGGGACCUCAACCUCAAUUAGCAACUUUCUCUCAACCCGAUAAAGCACCAACUCCUGAUACAAUGAUACGAUCUGGUCCUCCAAUGGCUGGUAAUACAAUGCCAGUUCUUACCAGUCAAUUACAACAAAUACCUAAUUUACGUCAAGGAGUAACAGUAGUUGCACAGCAAAUUAAUCAACCUAAUCAAAAUAGAAUGGGCUUCCCUGCAGCUCAAAUGAUACCUGUUCAAAGAGAUAAUUUUAAUCCUGGUAUGAUGCAAGGUCAAUUAAGAGGAGCACCUUCACCCUUUAAUAAUACACCUUCAGCCAAUUCAAUUAAUCGAGCUUCAGUUCCAUCUCCACUUUCUCAAAAUGUCCCCUCACCAAUGCCAAUUCAACCCAAUCAAGGAGGUAUGAUGGGUCAAGAUACAAUGACCAAUGUUCCUAUGGGCCAACAAAUGGUACCUCCAGGUCAACAGGCCAACCUACAACCUAAAAUGGGUAAAAAAAUUUGGUCAGGGUGCAUUGAAUUUCAGGAUAAACAAUCACAGGUUGGAAUGGAUUCAGUGGUACAGAAAUGUUCAUUACCUUGUACAAUAUUUUAUGGAGGUAAUAACAUUGAUCUAGAAACAAGUAGCGCAUAUUGGCCUCCCAAUUUGAACCUCGUUCUUUUACCUAGUGGUCUGUUACGACAAUUAGGACCAAUUUUUAAAAAUGAAUCUGAUUCCGUACAAUUAACAUUUGCUAAUCAAGAAUCUGACGCUUUCCAAAUAUUAGCCCGAAAUUUAUUACUAAGACCAAAUGUCGCUGGUUCGCAAAAUCAAGCAAACGCAAUGUGGGGGAUGAUACAAUUUAAUUUAAACCCACACAAUUCACCGCCACAUCUACAAUCAACGAGGGCUAUAAUUAUAGUUAAUGGACAAGAUAAGAAAAAUUUUAUCGGUUUUAUGCCGAGGAAGCAUGAUGAUUUUCUGGCUAAAAUGAGAGCUGCCAUUGAUAAUUUUAAGAAAAGGCAGCAAAUCCCUCAACAAAUAAAUCAACAAGGAAACAUGAAUCAACAGCAACCGCAAAUGGGUCAACCAAUGAACCAACCAAUCGGCCAACAAAUUAAUCAAUCAAUUAAUCCGCAACAAAUGAACCAAACAAUGGGACAACCAAUGGGCCAGCAAGUUAAUCAAUCAAUUAAUCAACAAAUGGGUCAACCAAUUAGUCAAUCAAUGAACCAGCAGAUUAAUCAACCAAUGAACCAGCAACAAAUGAACCAACAAAUGAACCAACAAAUGAACCAACAGAUGAACCAACAAAUGAACCAACCAAUAAAUCAACAAAUGAAUCAACCGAUGGGCCAACAGAUGAACCAACAACAACCCCAAAUGGUACCUCAACAAGUCAUGCAACCACCACCGGGACAAAUGAUCCAACAAAUCACAAUGUCACAGCCUCAGCUCACCGCGAACACUGGUUUCUAUCAGAUUCAACAGAUUUCAAACAAUCAGGUCGGCCAACAACAAGGAGGUUUCCGUAAUCAACCCGUUCAUAGUGUUCGGAUCGCUGGUGUACCAACUAAUCCAGGAAUAAUGAAUCAAACAACAGCACCACAACAACAACAACAACAACAACAAACUCAAAUGACACUUGCUGGAUUAAUGCAACAUCAACAAUUACCCCAACAACAACAACAACAGCCACAACAACAACCUCUUCAACAGGCUCAACAACAGCAACAAUCACCUCAUCUUGUCCGUCAACAGUUACAGCAACAUAUUCAUUCACAUCGUCAACAACAACCUCUUGGAGGAGUAAAAGGCACUCCCGGCUUACGAAAUCUACUUUCACAACAACAACAACAACCUGUUCAAGCACAACAACAACAACAACAACACCAACAUCAACAACAAUUACAACAACAACAGUUACAACAACUUCAACAGCAACAACAACAACAACAAAUGCAACAACAACAAUUACAACAACAACAAAUCCGAGCAAACAUGCAACGUGGACCAGGUCAGCAGCAGUGGAGAUUCAAUUAACGACGAUUAAUCAUUAUGAUUAACAUGAAAUUAACAAUUAACUUAAUUAUACAACACAAGAGAAAACAAAGCAAAGCAAAAAAAAUAAUCCAGAUCAUAGUUUUGGUUUAAUACACCAAAUAAAUCAAAUCAUCUUUUUCCCUUUAACUUUUUUCUUCCCUUCUUCUGACUUAAAUGCAUAUGUAAAAUAUUUCGCUAUUUAUGCUUGACAAUUUAUUGGAAAUUUCAAUCAAUCCCCCUGAUCUAUUUUGAUACAUUUCUAACAAUUAUCAAAUUGUUCACAUCUCUAUUUGUCUUGCACCAAUAACGCAUUUGUAUUAAUCAACUUUUUCUCAAUGUCACCCACAUCCCUCCAAAUACCCACCGUAUCAAUUUUGAAAUUAUUUUUUCCCUUCCCUUAAUCCUUGAAAAUUAAGGUAAAAUAUGUGUAUAAAAAAACCAAAUGAUGUGAUCUUAAAAUCACAAACAAUCAACAGAGAGAUAGAAAAACAAAAAACAAAAUUUUGUAAUCAAAUAAAAACUUUACACUUAAUUUAAAAGAUUAA